AUGGAAAAUGGUUUUACUGACAUGAAGAGUCAAUUAGCUCAAAUUAUUACCAAUUUCCAAACUUUUGCUCAAGACCAAAAUAAGGAAAUGGAAUAUAUUAAAACUGAAGCUGCUAAAGGUAUUAAUGAAUUGCACGAGAGAGAGAACCAAACUCAGGAUCGUGAAUUACACCUCGAAGACGUUGAGGCGAAGCUCGAACUGAGAGAAGCUAAGCUUGAACAGAAAACAGCUUUCCACGAACAGCAAGAAGCUCAAAACUUUAAGGAAGUUGAUGAUGAAUUAUUGUGGUUGAAGGAUUAUAUUGAGAAGACUGAAGCCACUACAGCUUGUUUAGAAGCUCAGUUAGAGAAUUCUGUUCCAAAAGGUGCUAUUGACAACAGAGACUCUAUUGACUUCAAACUUAAACGCUUCUUACCUGAUGCGGAUUUUAGUGAUGGUGAUCCUGCGGGAGCAGUUACCAAACAACCCUUUGUUUCAGACGAUUUAAUCAUCUCAGGAUCCAAUGAUGAAGAAGCAUUGACAAAGUUUACGGCUUUGCAAUCGCACUUUCGCGGUAAUCUUUUAGAAAAGAGAAUCUGGUUUUUCGCAGCCAGACCUUAUAUUCGGGAUAAUUUGGCCCAUUCUUAUCAUGCUCUUUCCCCAGCUCAACAAAAUUGGAAAGGUUUAGCUACAUUGAUAGUUAACGCUCAAGACUGUGAACGAGUUAAUGGUAACAAAACCUUGGAAAAGAACAGAUUAACCCCGCAACCUGGUGAAUCUGUAGUUCUGUUUAUUCAAAAGGCUCAGAACUUUAGCCAAGCUACUAUUUCCUACCGCAACAGUUUUAUCAAUGAUAAAAUUAAUUUGAUUUUUAUCCUUAACAAAAAUUUUGCUUAUCUUGUUGCCCAUGCUAAAUUGGAUUUGAUUAACACUGCCGACGAAUUUUAUUCAACUGCUAUUACUAGGUUUACAGGUUUGAAUUUCCCCACUACUACUGCAGUAAAUGCUAUUGAGUACGACACGGAAGAAACUCCUUUUGCUGACGAAUUCAUUCAAGACGAAGAGUCAGAUGAUGAUGAAUAUGAGUUAGCAUACAUUCGUCGUUUCAAUAACUAUCAGAGUAAACCUAAGUACAAAUCUAAUUAUCAAUCCAAUAACUAUCAAAACUCCAAUUAUCCGAGAUCCAAUUAUCAACAACCAAACUAUCAAAGAUUUAAUAAUUAUCAUUCUUCCAAUCCGUUUUACCAGUCCAAUAACACCUCACAAUACCAACCUCGCAAUAAUUAUUAUAAUAACUCAAAGGAUAAUAAAUUUAAUCAGACAAAAAAAUUCAAUCCACACAGACAUGACAACAACAGACAACAACAUAGAAGAGAAACGAUUUCCGAGAGUUGA